AUGGUUAGUAAUAACAUCCAGAGACAUGCAAUUCUACAAGUCUUUAUGAAAAGCCAGACUCAUUUGAAAAAGGUCAUCAAUGUUGAAGAAACUAUCAAGCGUAUCUCACCCAUGCUUCAAUCUACCGAUCCAUUGGCACGUGCUAUUACUCUUCGGGUCCUUGGAGGCAUGGCAACAAUUGUCUCUGAUCGGAUCGAUGUAUACCAUAAAGUCAUUCAUUCAUUGGAUUCUUCAGAAGCAAUGGAAGUCAGUGCAGCAGUUUAUGCUGCGGAUAUGAUUUGUUCCCAGUCUCAACGGUUCUGUGCCAUCUUCUCAGGAAAGCUAGCAUUUAUGGUCCGCGAUACUACAAAAACGCCAUUGCCGCUCCGAAGGCGAUUGAUCAGGAUUUUUGGACACAUGUUUGGAGACAUUACAUUAGCUAGACUGGCAAGAAAAACAUGUCUGGACAUCUUGGAGCUCAGUCAGGACACCGAAUAUACCAUUGCAAUUCUGAAGACGCUGACUCGUCUUGCAUCACACUCGUUAGUAGAUGUUAAUCAACAAAUUGAUUUGUUACUUCAGUGGACAAAGGAUUCUCGACCAGGAAUUCGUCGUGUUUCCUUGACGUGCUUAGGCUUGCUCGCGCAAAAAAAUAUCGAGUUUAGUCCGAAUCAGAUCCAGGCGAUUUUCAACAUCGCAUCAAAUUCCAAGGAUGGAAAGACGGUACUCAAGGCUAUGCUGGCAAUCCACAAAAUUUUUCACAUGACCUGCGCUAUCACAUCCAUUUCACUUACGGAAACCGGCGCAGAGACAAUAAAGGGUUAUAUUCAAACAUGUCUUCAGAUCCUUGAGCGUUCCUUCUCUUCCGACUCACUCUUGGAAUCCUCAGCCACAGCCACAACAGCAGCAACGGCAGUAGCAGAACCAGGAUCCUCGACAAUAACAACGUUAUAUCAUACAACUUCAUGGUCAAAGCCCGUUGUGCUGGAAUGUUAUUCUGUUUUAACUGUACUCCUCCCUUAUUGCCAUCAAUUCAAUAUCCGGGAGUCUUUUUCUGAGACUGAGGCUGGAAAUAUGUUCAAUAACUCAACCAAGACUGUUACGCAAUCUAUGAAGCAGUUCCUAAUCUGUAUAUUGUCACAAGGCGGUGGAGUUGUGCAUGGUGUUGCUGAUGGUGGCUCAAAGUCAGAUCAACUGUCUUCUGAAAAUGUUGCGCAAGCCAGAAUAGUACUUUGGUCACUUCUGGUUCUUACAAUUGAGGAAGGCUCUGGUAUUGACGAUCUGCUUGAGACAGUUUUAGAAUGGGUUGUUACUUACACAGAUUCUUCGACGCUUCUAGCAAGAGCAUUACUACAAAUUGCACGGCAACAACCCAGGAAGGCGAGCGCAUUUCAUAGCAGAAUGGUUAAAUAUUUGGAAGACAAUGUGGAUACACCUGAUACCCAGACAUUUAUUUUGGUGUACAGAGCACUUCUUGAAUCCACUAUCCCUUCUCAUGGAGUUCGUCGUAGUUCAGGCGCCGCUGUUGCUGCUGCCACUACUGCUACUACUACUGCUGUAGCUAUUGAGUGCAUUGAGUCUUUUGAAAUGCGGAUGACGCGGAUCUUGGAGCAGUUUGGCAAAAUGGACAUGUUGGAACAUUAUACGCGGAACCAUUGGGAGCUGUACCAAUUAGCGCGCUACUCACUGCAGACAGGUUGGCCAUCAUUAGCGUUAGUUGCUCUCAAGAACCAGGAGAAAAAUGCCAAAAGUGUUUCUUCAUCAUUAUGGCUGAUGACAGAGCAUACAAUGGCAUUGAUCGAGAGUUCAUUGCAAUCAGGAGCUGCCUUCGGAGACCAGGACGAUAGUGAGCGGUUAGACUUGUGCCCUCAGAAGCAGAUGUACACCAAGGUUAUAUCUUGCCUCGAGGAACUCGAAGCCCAUCAAGUGGAUAGAUCAUUCCAUCUUCAUUACUGCGAGCUACGCCGUCGAUACCUGGAUACUUGUCAGUCCACAAUUGGGACACUUCGGUUACUCUCUAUGACGCUUUCAUCAGAACGUUUACAAGAACAACAGAAUCCUCAAAUAUAUCCAGAGGACGAGCUGGCACUUUAUCAAUGUGCGGAUCAAUUUAACAGCUUAGCACAUGAGUACACAGUUCUGCGGACCUGUGUUGCUCCAGCGAUACCGUCAACGUCAACGUCAACAUCGUCAUCUUCCACCCUAGGCUUUACUUUAGCAUCAGCAAAAAGACCAUUAUCGUCUGGUCAACAACAAUCAGAUGGCGCUAUUGAAGUGUUGCAGACAAUGUGCUUAGUGGUAGCAUAUGCGAUCCAACGAGCCGCAAAGGUCUUGGGCAACUAUGGCAGCUCCGCCAAGUCGAAGAAGCUGAGAUUGGGACAAACUGAUACAGACACAGACAUGGAUGGGGAUGCAGAUGUGUUUGAUAUCGACCCACUCUUAAUUCCUCUGCUCUACCUUCAGAAUCAAAAACAGCAACAGCAACGACACGGAAGUCAAAGCGGGGAAGGCGGUUCUAAGAGCAUUUUGGAAGCGUUCAAGAUCUCGACUGGGAUGAUGCUAGGUUUUAUGAACAAGAACAUGGUCGGAUCAGGCAUAGAUGAUAUUGAGAGGAGUAUUUCGUUAGUGCGGCAAUUUAUUUCCAGUUUCAUCUCCUUCCCAAUCCCAAUUCCUCAAGAAUUCUUUGUCUCCUCUCAAUCCAAACAAGCAAUCAGCACUUGAUGACUCUUCUUUCACAAUAGCAUACAUCGUGCGAGCACUAAUAAAUGAAUAUUUCAACG